AUGUCCCAGCCGCAGCGAAAACUAUCUGUUCGACGAGGAUCUGUCAGUGCGUCAGAUCCGUUUGGACAUCAUGCUCCCCUCAAUCAUGAUCCUAAUCGAUCAUCGUCAUCGACUUUGACUAUCGUUCGCGUCCUGGAUCCCAAUUCGCAAGCAGGCGCAUCGCAAGGUACUGGGACCACUCCGAGUAAUCUUUCAGAAUCGUCCGCGCCAGUGCUUCACCGACGUUCACUACGUCAUCCUGGGAGUAUAUCCUCUUCGACGAAUGCAGACGGAUCAUCAGCUGGUAGACUCAGCUUUGCAUUCUCAUCUUUCGCUCCAAACUCUUCAGCUUCACCAUCCUCUUCUGCGUCUGCACCAGCCGUCGCUACUUCUCCUAGCCGACGGGCCUCUAGCCCGUCUACUUCCCCCCGUCUACGCUCUAGUUCACCGCAGUUCACCCGGAGACAAUCUGCGUCAGGUUCAACCCCAUUCUCUAAACCAAAUUUGUCCCCAGAACAGCUUGUAGACCUUGCUCGUCAAUCAACUAGCCCUCGUUAUGUCCCUCCGCCUGCAUCUACCCCUAGCACUCCUCAUCUUCCCGCACUCACAAGUCCGGUGAAUCAUGCCGCUGGUGCAAUAACGGCACCUGCGACAUUCACCCCGUUACCCGAUGACAUUUACCUUCCUUUCAUUGAUCGUCCCAUCGAAGUGACCCAAUUACUAUCAACUCAUCCUACAACCAAACUUCUUUCCCUCCUCGCUCAGACAUUUCCCAGGACACAAGGCCCAGAAAAUGUUAACGAUUCUACAUUCUCUGCUGAUCCUGCGACAUGGUCCUUCGGGACUUUGCGCUUCUGGCUAACCAAUGUUGAUAGACAAACAGCCAGUGACGCCCUCUGGGUGUGCAAUGCGCGCAGAUGUGUUCUUUCACAUUCAGAGCUCAUCUGGGAGCGUCUGAAGGGGGCUCUUGGCGUCCCUCCCGAGCUUGAGGUUGACGGAGAAUAUGAUACGGAGAGCGUGAUUGCAGUGGACGAUCACCCGCCGCGCGUCUCUGUCUCUCCUAUUCCGGCAAUAUUGGAUACAGACGCGACGUCCAAUCGACUCAACAUGAUUCUAUGCCCUCAUCCCCGCGAGAGGACCCAAUCUCAACUCCCAACUCACUUGCUGAUUGAGCCCAUACUCGCGACACCCUCAAACGGGAACGUCUCCACUUGUGGUUCAGCUAAUCCACCCCCGCUUAGCCUCCCAUCAAACUUGUCACAGUCUACUUCUCUUGGACAGGGAGAUGGGCUGCAGGACAUUGGUGAGGAGGCAGAAGACGAGGACGGCGCAGACACAGAAGCGCCCGAAAAGGACUCUCAACCUGUCGAAGAUUCUUUGCAGAUUCAUGGGUUACGCAUUUCCACUUCAUCUGUGCCGUCUUCCCCUGCUUUUGUAUCACAACCAUUUUCACAUCCUACUAGCCCGGUCAUGAAUUCAAAUGACUCAAGACGCAACAGCACGGAGCUUAAAUGGUCGUCGGAGUUUACCUUUCCCCUUACUAGGCGCGUUUCUCGUACGAGUUCGCAUGGCUCGGUCAGUAGCCUUGGACGACCCACGUUCAGUUACAUCCACAACUCAGCCGGAUCUGACUUCGGAGACAACGAUAGCGAGCGCUUGUAUGAUCCUGUUGGAGAUCGCGGUCCAGGAAAUCCGCUGUUCCCCAGCAAUUUUGCGCGACUGGCAUUGGGCCCAACGCUGAGCGCAAAUAAUCCUAACCUGCGUCCAGCGCAUUCGCGCUUUGCCAAGUGGGCGCCAGGUGGACGUCCUCCGAGUUGGAUUGAUGCUUGGGACCCUGUCAAGCACGAAUAUGCCGCAACCACCGCUAGCGGUAGUAGUAUUGGGGGCGGUGAAUAAGCUGACGCACCUCACUGCACGCCGCGCUCUCGAUAAUCAAUCUUUUCAUUACUCGGCGCAUCCUGCAUUUUUUUGGUCUUUAACUUUUCGAUAUCUUUUCUUGUCUUUUGGAAGCCGCAGCAAUGGUCAAAAAAUAUCGCAUCCGCAAUGUUGUACUUAUACUACUGCCCCACUUCUUUCCUUGCUUUGCCCAUUUGCCCCUCAUCUAUGUAGUCUUCGUAGUCUGGAUUGGAGGGAUAUAUGCAUAGGGCACAAUAAAGGAACAAUGUACGAAUUACUUAGGCUCGCGGAAUAUACGUAGGUCUCAUCGGAAAACACUAGAGCUGAUAUCUGAGCGGGAUAUAUGAGAUAUGAUACAGUGUAGCUGGG